AUGCAAGUCUUCCAUUCCUUAGUUUCUUCUUCUUCUUCUCUCUUGGCCUUUCUUCUCAUUCUUUCCUCACCUUUGCUAACCUCACCCCAAUCCCAACCCCAACCUCCUUCCAUUGCAUGCAAAUCCACUCCCUACCCAAAGCUCUGCCGUUCGAUUCUCUCUGCCUUCAAAUCCUCGCCCUUCAACUCCUACAACUAUGGCAAGUUUUCUGUCAAAAAGUGCCUUAAACAAGCCAAGAAGCUUUCCAAGGCUAUCAACCGUUACCUUACCCACAAAAAAUACACCUCGUCGACCCACUUGGACGCCGGUGCAAUGCAAGACUGUGCCCAACUGGCCGACCUCAACGUUUUUUCCUUGGAGAAGAUCUCCGCCUAGUUGAAGUCGGCUGACUCCAUGACUGAGGCAUUGGUGGACCGAGUCACGAGUCUGCUCAGUGUGGUGGUGACUAACCAACAGACUUGCUUUGAUGGGCUUGCGGAUGCUAAGAGUAGUUUCGCUAGUGUUUUGGCAGAACCACUGGCCAACGUGACUCGGUUGUACAGUGUCUCGCUUGGGUUGGUGACUCGCGCAUUGGACCGGAACCUUGAGCGACGUAAUAGAAGUAAGGGGUCUAUAAACCAGGGUCCUUUGAAGAAUGGGGUUCACCAACCACUCGAAUCACCCAUUGAGGCUCUACGGAAAACUUCACAUGGCAACAAAUCAACAGAUCCUUCUAGGGGACAAUGGAUGCUUAUUGAAGCACAGGGCAAAGGAGUUCUCGUUAGAGAUACAGUCAUAGUUGGUCCAUACGAUGGCGACAACUUCACAACCAUUGGGGAAGCCAUUGCUUCUGCACCCAACAAUUCGAAUCCCUAAGAAGCGUAUUUCAUAAUCUAUGCUAGACAUGGAUAUUACCAAGAGUUUAUCAUCGUCCCCAAAGAGAAGAAGCACAUUAUGCUGAUUGGAGAUGGAAUCAAUACGACCAUAAUCACCGGCAACCAUAAUAGGAUCGAUGGCUGGACAACUUACAAUUCUUCAACCUUUGUUGUCAAUGGAGAGAUAUUCGUAGCCGUAGAUGUUACAUUCCAGAACACAGCGGGUCCAGAGAAACACCAAGCCGUGGCAGUGAGGAACAGUGCUGACUACUCCACAUUCUACCGGUGCAUUGGGCAUCAGGAUACACUUUACGUACAUUCCCUGAGACAGUUUUACAUGGAAUGUGAUAUCUAUGGAACAGUUGAUUUCAUUUUCGGGAAUGCUGCUGCUGUAUUCCAAAGCUGCAACAUCUAUGCUCGGAAGCCAUUGCCUGAACAGAAGAACACCAUCACAGCCCAAGGUAGGACUGAUCCGAAUCAAAACACAGGCAUUUCGAUUCAGAAUUGCACGAUUGAAGCUGCACCGGACCUGGCAAGCAAUUUGAGCUCCAACUUGAACUUUUUGGGUCGACCCUGGAAGCAGUAUUCCAGGACAGUGUUCAUGCAGUCGUACAUUGAUGAACUGAUUAGUCCCCCUGGAUGGUUGGAAUGGAAUGAAACGUUUGGACUUGACACUCUAUAUUAUGGGGAGUUUGGAAAUUAUGGACCAGGUGCUAAUACAAGCACGAGAGUGAAAUGGCCUGGUUAUAGUUUAUUGAAUGCUACGCAAGCUAUGGGUUUAACAGUCUACAAUUUCACCAUGGGAGAUACUUGGUUGCAUGAAACUGAUAUACCCUUCUCAGGAGGCUUAUACCAUUGA